GUUGGUCACGAGAUUGAGCCUCCAAUCACCGUGUAAAGUAAGUCUCAUCUUGUUAAACACCUUACCAAAAAGUACCACAAAAAGCUUCUCUUGCCAUCUUCACAUUUUCCCAACCAAUUACUAGCAAAUUAAAUACUACUAGAACUAGACUUAAACUUAUCACAUGAAUGCCAUUAAUAUGUUGUUACCAUGAACACAACUAUCUCUAGUUAUAGUAAACAGAACCAUAUAAGAAUGCAUAAUCCAUUUGUGGCAGAAUAGUUUGAUUGAGUUUAGUUUACUAAAAUGAAGCAUUUUAUUUUGACAUUCACCUGUAUCUGGUUGAGCCUAUGUGCUACAAAAUGUUUGUCUCAGGUGCAGCCACGGCUGCCGGAGGGACAGCAAGUACCAUGCUUCUUCAUAUUUGGCGACUCUUUGGUUGAUAAUGGAAACAACAAUGCGAUUCUAACACUCGCUAGGGCCAAUUAUAGGCCUUAUGGCAUUGACUUCCCACAAGGUCCCACCGGUCGCUUCACCAAUGGUCGAACCUAUGUUGACGCAUUAGCUCAGCUUCUGGGUUUCCGAACAUAUAUUCUUCCAUAUUCAAGAGCAAGGGGUUUGGAUCUUCUAAGAGGAGCCAAUUAUGCAUCUGGAGCUGCAGGCAUCAGACAGGAAACAGGAAGUAACCUGGGGGCACAUACAUCAAUGGAUGAGCAAGUGAGUAACUUUGGGAACACAGUGCAGGAACUGAGAAGAUUCUUUAGAGGAGACAAUGCUUCACUUAAUAGCUACUUAAACAAAUGCAUAUAUUAUUCAGGGAUGGCAAGCAAUGAUUACCUUAACAACUAUUUCAUGACUGAUUUUUAUUCAACUAACACUCAGUACACACCUCAAGCUUUUGCAUCUGUUCUUCUUCAAGACUAUGCUCGCCAACUAUCUCAAUUACAUUCAUUAGGAGCAAGAAAAGUGAUUGUUACAGCAGUUGGGCAAAUUGGGUGCAUACCAUAUGAAUUAGCACGUUUUAAUGGUAACAACAGCAGAUGCAAUGAUAAGAUCAACAAUGCCAUCUUGCAUUUUAACACAGGUCUUAAGCAGCUAGUUCAGAAUUUCAAUGGAGGACAGCUUCCUGGAGCAAAGUUUGUGUUUUUGGAUUUCUAUCAAAGCAGUGUAGAUCUAGCUGAAAAUGGAAAAUCAUAUGGGUUUGAUGUUAUAGACAAGGGAUGCUGUGGUGUUGGCAGAAACAAUGGACAAAUAACUUGUCUUCCAUUGCAACAAGCAUGUGAAAAUCGUAGCAAGUACUUAUUUUGGGAUGCUUUCCACCCUACUGAGAUGGCAAACAUCUUACUAGCAAAGGCAUCAUACACUUCACAAACAUACACUUAUCCUAUCAAUCUUCAACAAUUGGCAAUGCUUUAGAACUAUGUGUCUGGUGUUUAUGCAGUGCAAUUUCAUCAUCAAACUUAAUCACAAUAAUGUUGUCUAAUUAAGAAUGUUUUCAUGUUUCUUAAAUUUCCUUUCUACAAGUAUGGAUUGAUGUCAUUUGUGUUGUAAUAAUAACUAUGUUUCAGUCUAACUCUAAUCAUUUAUGAAUAAAUCACCAAUCUUCAAAUUUUA